UAAAAACUAUUUAACUAUCAUAUCAUCAGUCAUCGCCCAAUCCUCGGCGGCGAUUCGAUUAAAGAAACAUUCCGAUGGAUUUGCUCAGGCAAGAGAUUCUGAAGAAGAGGCAGUCUCUCUCCGAGGAAGCUGGUGGCAAGAAGUUCUACAAACGAUCCGAUAUCGAGCAGAAGAAACUCCAGAAGCUUCGCGAGGAAGAGCGACGCGAGCACGAGCUCAAGGCCCAGCGACGAUCCGCCGCCGCCGUAUCUAUCAGCGGUGGUAAACAAUCCGGCGAUUCAUCUGCUCCUGGCUCUUCCACGGCGUCGGAGACAGCUGCGAUCGCUGAUUCCAAAUCCCUAACCGACGAGAAGAACAUCGAAACCCUAGAUCUUCCGAGGCAUGAAGUGAUUCGCAGAUUGAGAAUCCUCAAGCAGCCGAUGACUCUCUUCGGGGAAGACGAUCAAGCUCGUCUCGAUCGGCUCAAGUACGUGUUGAAGGAAGGCUUGUUCGACGUCGACAGCGAUGUCACCGAUGGACAGACGAAUGAUUUCUUGCGGGACAUCUCCGAGCUGAAGAAGCGGCAGAAGAGUGGGAUCAUGAUGGGAGAUAGGAAGAGGAAGAAGAGUAGUAGAGAUGAGGAAGGUGAUAGAGGGGAAGCGAGGGAUGAUGAUGAGAUUAGUGGCGAGUCUAGUGAUGUUGAUGCUGAUAAGGAUUUGAAGCGUUUGAAGUCUAACUUCGAGGAGCUUUGUGAUGAGGAUAAGAUUCUUGUGUUCUAUAAGAAGCUGUUGAUUGAGUGGAAGCAGGAGCUUGAUGCUGUGGAGAACACUGAGAGGAGAACUGCUAAAGGGAAGAAGAAUGUAGCCACUUUUAAGCAGUGUGCUAGGUAUCUUACUCCUCUCUUCAACUUGUGCAGGAAGAAGGGUUUGCCAUCUGAUAUUCGACAAGCUUUGAUGGUGAUGGUUAACCAUUGCAUAAAGCGAGACUACCUCGCUGCAAUGGAUCACUACAUCAAACUAGCCAUAGGAAACGCACCGUGGCCUAUCGGGGUGACUAUGGUUGGUAUCCACGAACGUUCCGCGCGAGAGAAGAUUCACACCAACAGUGUUGCUCACAUCAUGAACGACGAGACCACUCGCAAGUAUCUUCAGUCGGUUAAAAGACUGAUGACGUUCUGCCAAAGACGUUAUCCAACUAUGCCUUCUAAAGCCGUUGAGUUCAAUAGCUUAGCCAACGGAAGUGAUUUACAGUCUCUGCUCGCUGAAGAGAGGUACUUUGGUGGUGAUCGUGGACAAGUCUCGGAAGAGAGACUACGCCUCAUGGCUCCCCAGAACGACAAUUAAUGUUUACAUCUUUACUGUGUUGUAAUGUCUUAACCUUUUCUAAGAUUGUAAUGAAAGAUUAACUAAUGUAUCUUAUAAAGUAUCUUCUUUAGUA